AUGCCGAGAACCUCAUUCCAGCCCGCUGACCAAGAGUCCGCCUCCCAAAAGUGGCAACCGACGUCCGAGGCGCCCAUCUUCGUCAUUCGUGUCUUCAUAUCUACGACCACCAUCAAGGAGUGUUACACAACCGCCACCCCGGCCGUGAUUCAGGCUACGAUGAACCCCGUAGACAGCCCGGGCGAAGAACUGCAUACAGCUCGGCAUUUCAUAACAAGUAUGUCGAGGAUCUUGGUCAUGGCCACCAUCAAGGGAACACUCACUGACGGCCUAUCAAAGACUUCAACUGCAAUUAAAUCAUCGCCUCCGGUCCCUCUCAAGAGGUUGGCUUCGCCCACAAGGCUCUGUCGACUGGGUUCCCUUUGGCACCACGGUUCCAAAAAAUUCGCCAUCGACAUCCUGGCACGGAUCCAAGGAGCUGGAAUGCCCGAACGUGGACUUCAGAGACUUGAUGAUGCCAUUAAGAGGCUCAAGUAUCAAAGUGUUGCAUCGAACCUCCUCUACUUUGGAUUCGGCCAUCGGAGUCUCUUUCGCAUCAUGACCGAGACUCUUUCAGGCAUCAAGCUUAUCGCAUUGUGCGCUUGUUUGGCCGAAGUACAUCGAGGGGGCAUGCUAGCGAUGAUUCUUUCUGCCCUGUGGGAUGUGUAUGAGUUUUCAGAAGAAUACAAGCCAUCGCUUGAACAAUUCAGGAGCCUCGUCAAGGUGUGCAGUGGGGUGUUGUCAGCCUCGCCGUUCCCCGAAGUUUACCGUCGCAUGAUGGAUCUCCGCCUUCCCAUUGCUAGCCCAGAAGCAAUUGUGCAAACAUGCUCUGAGCCUGCCGACGUCGCAAAAGCUCUUCGUGGCGUCUUCGACAUCACCACUGAGAAACACAACCGUAUCACUGUUGUUGGGGGUUUCAGCUGUGCUUUCAUCGCUGCCAUCUCACACUGGCUUUUCGACCUGACCACGUACGUCGAGGACGAAAAUGGCAAGGUUCUGUUCGCUCCGUCGAUUGGAGAAUGUCCGAUCGAUCCUAUUACGGCAAAGGUCCACGUCCAGUAUGGCAGUGAAACAACUACUGCGAUGAUCGACAUAUCAAGCACAUCGUAUGUGAUCGGGAACAUCAGAGACAUCAUCGCGCUGGACGACGAGGAGUCUUUGAUACUGCGCAGCCGCGUUCCCUGGGACUUGGCGCUAAGCCUGAACUUCGGGGACAUCUUCCUUAAACUCAUGAAAGCUUCCAAAUUACUCGGCUCUCUUCUUGGAAGUAUUGCGCGGGUUAACCUGGCCCUAGCGGUGGGUGAGCGUGAUGUCGGCGACUGUGAUCGUAAGGCCUUUGUUAACUUCAAUGAGGCCAGUUACGGGCGCGGGUUCAUCAAUUCCGUUAGUCAAACCUUCCCUGAGCUUUCCAGCCCAGAGCUCCGUCAACACAUGGAAAAUGCUGCGGUUACGACUUUCAAGGUUGCCUACGGCCAGGUACAAACGGAUCUUGAUAUGUUGCGAUACAAUUGCAAGUGCCGCGAAUGCAGAGGUCUUUACCGCACAACAUCAUCCGAAUGUUGUUCAGCGCGCUUGGCGGUCACGAUAAGCAAAACUGUGUCCACGAUGUCUUCGCUGAGAAUUCAUACCGAGUAG